AUUUAAAUUUUUUAAAAAUCAGUAAUGUAGCUGAAAUAGUACUAUUUCUAUAUCGUUGCUUAGCUAGAGAAUCAUUGCUUUCUGCACUUCGGCCAGUAUUUCUUUUUAACUCUGCCCCUUCUCUCUGUCUCUCUUCGUCUUUUUGUUCUUUGCGUUUCUACUUGGCCAGCAAUUAAGGAACCUUUUGUUAAUAGAGGAGAGAAUAUACACAGAAAGAGAAAGAGGCAUUCAAUGGAAAUGUUGGCUAUUGGAAGCUCUACAAGCAGUGUGCGUGCUGCCACUAGUUUCAAUUCUUUACUCACAGAGCUUCAGGUAUCCACCUGCCGGAAAGCCUCAAAAGGUUUAUGGGUGGGGAAGGAAUGUAAUUUCCGGGGAAAGCGUUUGACAUUUCCUAAAUUGUUCAAGAUGAAUUGCUCAUUGGACAAAGAAAUGGAUGUGAGCACUUCAGCUGUGGUUGACGGUGUAGCAGAGUGCUCGAAUGAAAUAGAUAUUAGGGAGCCAAAUAUUUCAACAAUUCUGAUGAACUUUGAGAAUAAGUUUGACCCUUAUGAUGCAAUGAGCAUGCCACUUUACCAAACAGCUACAUUUAAGCAGCCAUCAGCUACAGAAAAUGGUCCAUAUGAUUACACCAGAAGUGGAAAUCCAACCAGGGAUGCUUUGGAAAGCCUCUUGGCAAAGCUAGAUAAAGCAGAUCGAGCAUUUUGCUUCACAAGUGGCAUGGCUGCUUUGGCUGCUGUUACUCAUCUUGUUGAAACUGGUCAGGAAAUUAUUGCUGGAGAUGACAUAUAUGGUGGAUCUGAUCGGUUGUUGUCUCAAGUAACCCCAAAAUCUGGAGUUGUGGUCAAACGAGUAAAUACAAGUAAUCUAGAUGAGGUUGCAUCUGCAAUUGGUCCGUGGACAAAGCUUGUAUGGCUAGAGAGCCCUACCAACCCUCGUCAACAAAUAUCUGAUAUUCGUAAAAUUGCAAAAAUAGCUCACACACAUGGUGCUCUUGUUUUGGUGGAUAAUAGUAUUAUGUCCCCUGUACUGUCACAGCCAUUGGAACUUGGAGCAGACAUAGUGAUGCACUCGGCUACUAAAUUUAUAGCAGGGCAUAGUGAUGUUAUGGCAGGUGUACUUGCAGUAAAAGGGGAAAGGUUGGCGAGAGAUUUGUAUUUCCUACAAAAUGCAGAAGGCUCUGGGUUAGCACCAUUUGACUGUUGGAUUUGUUUACGAGGUAUUAAGACCAUGGCAUUACGUGUUGAGAAACAACAGGACAAUGCACAGAAGAUAGCCGAGUUUCUUGCAACACAUCCGCGAGUGAAGAAAGUUAACUAUGCUGGCCUUCCUGGCCAUCCUGGACGUGAUUUGCACUAUUCUCAGGCAAAGGGUGCAGGUUCUGUGCUUAGCUUUUUAACUGGAUCGCUGGAACUCUCAAAGCACAUUGUUGAGACCACCAAAUACUUCAGUAUAACUGUCAGUUUUGGGAGUGUGAAGUCACUUAUAAGCAUGCCCUGCUUUAUGUCUCAUGCAAGUAUACCGGCAGACGUGCGGGAAGCCAGAGGUCUCACCGAGGAUCUAAUUCGCAUCUCUGUAGGGAUAGAGGAUGUAAAUGAUCUGAUUGCCGAUUUAGACCAUGCACUAAGAACAGGGCCGCCAUAGGCAUUUGAGGUUCAAGAGAGUUUUUGAUCCUCAAGCGAAUCAGGAAAUUGUCUGUGCUUUAAAUUAAACAGCCAGCCUAAUGAAGUGCAAUUGUUAUUGUAUAUUUAUCGAGUUUUUUCAGCUGUAAAACUGGAGACACUGUUUCCGAAUUAAUUGCUCAAGUGUCCAUUUUGCCAGGGAAGCAUGUGAUUUAUCAAAAUUGUAAGAGUACUAAAUAGAAAUUUAUUCCCAGAAGGCGUAGUUGAGGCUUCCAUUUCCUACGAGCUGCUUAUGACUAAUAAAGACCGUAGUUUGUAUUUUCUUC